CCUUCCUCCUCCUCCUCCUCCACCCCCCCCUUCCUCCUCCGCCCGCCCGCGGGGCCCCCCUCGCCUUCCCGCCCGCCCCUAUUGUUCCGCCCCCGGCCUCCCGCCCUUCCCCUUCCCGCCCGCUCCCCUUUUCCCCUCAGUCGCCUCGCGCCUGCAGUUUUUGGCUUUCACCCCCACCAGUGACCAAAGACUUGACCACUCAAAGUCCAGCUCCCCAGAACACUGCUCGACAUGGACACCGGUGUGAUUGAAGGUGGAUUAAAUGUCACUCUCACCAUCCGGCUACUUAUGCAUGGAAAGGAAGUUGGCAGUAUCAUCGGAAAGAAAGGAGAAUCAGUUAAGAAGAUGCGUGAGGAGAGUGGUGCACGUAUCAACAUCUCAGAAGGGAAUUGUCCUGAGAGAAUUAUCACUUUGGCUGGACCCACUAACGCGAUCUUCAAAGCCUUUGCUAUGAUCAUUGACAAACUGGAAGAGGACAUCAGCAGCUCUAUGACCAAUAGCACAGCUGCCAGUAGACCCCCAGUUACCUUGAGGCUGGUGGUCCCUGCUAGUCAGUGUGGCUCUCUCAUUGGGAAAGGUGGUUGCAAGAUCAAGGAAAUACGAGAGAGUACAGGGGCUCAGGUCCAGGUGGCGGGGGAUAUGCUCCCCAACUCAACUGAGCGGGCCAUCACUAUUGCUGGCAUUCCGCAAUCCAUCAUUGAGUGUGUGAAACAGAUCUGCGUGGUCAUGUUGGAGACUCUCUCCCAGUCCCCCCCGAAGGGCGUGACCAUCCCGUACCGGCCCAAGCCGUCCAGUUCUCCAGUCAUCUUUGCAGGUGGUCAGGACAGGUACAGCACAGGCAGCGACAGUGCGAGCUUUCCCCACACCACCCCGUCCAUGUGCCUCAACCCUGACCUGGAGGGACCACCUCUAGAGGCCUAUACCAUUCAAGGACAGUAUGCCAUUCCACAGCCAGAUUUGACCAAGCUGCACCAGUUGGCAAUGCAACAGUCUCAUUUUCCCAUGACGCAUGGCAACACCGGAUUCAGUGGCAUUGAAUCCAGCUCUCCAGAGGUGAAAGGCUAUUGGGCAGGUUUGGAUGCAUCUGCUCAGACUACUUCUCAUGAACUCACCAUUCCAAAUGAUUUGAUUGGCUGCAUAAUCGGGCGUCAAGGCGCCAAAAUCAAUGAGAUCCGUCAGAUGUCUGGGGCGCAGAUCAAAAUUGCGAACCCAGUGGAAGGAUCUACUGAUAGGCAGGUUACCAUCACUGGAUCUGCUGCCAGCAUUAGCCUGGCUCAAUACCUAAUCAAUGUCAGGCUUUCCUCGGAGACGGGUGGCAUGGGGAGCAGCUAGAACAAUGCAGAUUCAUCCAUAAUCCCUUUCUGCUGUUCACCACCACCCAUGAUCCAUCUGUGUAGUUUCUGAACAGUCAGCGAUUCCAGGUUUUAAAUAGUUUGUAAAUUUUCAGUUUCUACACACUUUAUCAUCCACUCGUGAUUUUUUAAUUAAAGCGUUUUAAUUCCUUUCUCUGUUCAGCUGUUAAUGCUGAGAUCCAUAUUUAGUUUUAUAAGCUUCCCCCCCCCCUUUUUUUGGCUCAUGAAUUUUUUUUUCUGUUUGUCAUGGAAAUGUAAGAGUGGAAUAUUAAUACAUUUCAGUUUAGUUCUGUAAUGUCAGGAAUUUUUCAAAAAAAUUAAAAGAUGGACUGGAGCUUUUUCUUUGUGAAUAGAAACUGGAUGCCACAGUGA